AUGCCCCAAGCGUCGUCGGAGCGGGCCGCAAGCCAGCCGAAGCGCAGGUACACGUCAAAGGCCUGUGAGGAGUGUCGGCGCCGGAGGGCAAAGUGUGACGGACUACGGCCCAUCUGCGGCCGGUGUUCCGAACGUUCCAUCAACUGUCUCUACAGGAGUGAAGAGGAUGGUCGCAAACCUGCUUCCAAGACAUAUGUGCAACUUUUGAGAAACCGGAUCGACCUACUGGAAGCCGUGUUACAGUCCCACACCAUCGAUGUCGAGGCAGCCGUCGCCCAGCUCUCAGCGGCCGGGACAGCACCACAACUAUCGUCCAUCGCGAGUACGUUAGCAACUGGUAGCGAUGCUGGACUCAGCGCCUCGGCCUUUGACGAUCUCUGUGCGACCUUUGAAGGAGCUCUUUCUCUGGAUGAAUCGGUCAACUAUGACCAGGAUGGAGAGAUGCGAUAUUUCGGUCCAGCGAGCGGUCGCUUGGAGUUCCAGAGUGAAUCUACGUCAGAGUCCGACGAUCAUGCUAGUCCGUUGACAUCCAAGUCCAUGGAGACAAAUCGCUACAUCCUCCCUCUGGAGGCAGACGUCUACCCAGAGGAUCUCACAACAGAGCUCAUAGACCUGUUCUUUGAGUAUCAAAAUCCCUGGUGUCAAGUCGUCGACGAAAAGCUAUUCAGGGAGAGCAUGAAGACGCAAGGCCGCUUCUUCAGCCCAUGUUUACUCAACUGCAUUCUUGCUCUAGGAUCACGCUAUUCCGAUAGAAUCGACACCCGCUCCAUCCCAGAAGACCAAAAUACAGCCGGCAAAAUCUUUCUUCAAAAGGCCGAAGUGCUCUUGCAUUAUGAUAUGAAACGACCGACCAUCACGACGAUUCAGUCAAUAUCCCUCCUAGUCGGGGUCUAUGUGGUACGUUUUGGAAGAGACAGAUAUCACAGUUUCUUGUGCUAA